CUGUCUUCACAAGAAGAUCUCAGAAGAAGAGAUUUCAGCAAUGGCUUCCUGUGGUCCACCCUGCGUCAUCCCAGCCUAUUGCUCCACCCCACAGUUAGGUCUUGGUUCUUCUAGUGCCUCUGCUGGUGGCCUUGGCCUGGGUGGUGGAAGCAGCCUUCAAGGAGGAAGCAUGGGUGGUCUUUAUGGAGGAAGCAUGGGUGGCCUUCAAGGAGGAAGCAUGGGUGGCAUUGGAAGUGGUCUUCUCGGAGGAGGCAUAAGUUCUAGAGAACUGGGAAUCCUGUCUGGAGUCAUCCCCUCCUGCAUCAACCAGAUCCCACCUGCAGAAGUCGUGAUCCAGCCACCUUCUUUCGUUGUGACCAUCCCUGGUCCCAUCCUCUCUGCCAGCUGUGAGCCUGUUGCCGUUGGAGGCCACACACCAUGUGCUGUCCCUGGAUCUGGCUUCCUGGGAAGGUCCAUGGGCACAAGUAGAGGAUUGCUCGGUGGAGGGAAUCUUCAGGGCAGGCGUGGAAGCGUCACCUUAAACCCUUGUUACUGAUGAACAGGUAGAACCCAAGAAACGGAUCCUCACGGUUACAGGAAUGAUGAGACUGCUUCUGCUGGUCUGGGAUUGAGAAGAUUUGGACUGGAAGACCUUCUGUAGAAGGUCUGAGCUUUCUGCUUUUGUCUCCCUGUGUUCUUCCCGCCCUUUGAAUUGCACAGGACUCAGCUGCUUUUCGCUGUGAAAUUCAUGGCUUUUUCACCCACUGUGUGAGUGCUUCAUUGUUUCACUGCCUUUUCAA